AUAAAUGUUUCUGGCAUAAAUUGUUGUAAUGGAUACGAAACUAACUGCCAAAACAGCCGAAGUGAUACAUUUGGGCGCUACAACCAAAACUAUUUUCCAGGAUGCGGAAACGCAAAAUCUAGCAACGGAGCAUAAAAUUGACAAUAAUGACAAAAGUGGCAAUAAUGCUAAUAAUGACAAUAAUAGCAACAAUAGCAACAAUGGCUACGAUAUUGUCGAAACGGAUAAUGAACCUGAAGCAUACCCGAUUGUGAAGCGUCCCACUAAAUCGGAGCUGGGACGUAUGAACAGUUUAGAUUAUGCAGGAAAUAAAAAUGUAGUGGAAGGUUUGAUGGACAUUGCACUAUUGUCAGCGAACGCUAAUCAGUUGCGGUUUUUACUUACAUACAAUAACAAAGCGCCUACCUUUUAUAUCAGUCUGGGGCUAGUGAGUGUCUCUUUAGUGCUGCAGGUUGUUGUAGGUCUGGCGCUAAUCUUUAAGCGUCACAUGAAGAAGAACGAUCGACGUUAUAUCUACAUUAAGGAGCUGCUGAUUUUUGGCAUAUUUAUUAUAACUGUAGUGAAUGUACUGAUUGCUGCAUUUACCACAACCGAAAGCGAUGACAAACCAUAGGCGGUCCGAUUGAUCAAAUAACACCAAAUAACAAAGUAUAAUGAAAUUUUUUAGAAACUAAAAAGACUA